GAGGAGAUCACUAGGCAUGGAGAGUGAGAGGAAAGAGGAGGAGGGAUGGGUGGGGGAGGGACAGGUCAGUCCGUUGGACACAGCUCUCAGCACGUUUGGUGAGCUGGACUGUGGUGAGAGUGUGGAUGCUGUCGUGUCUCAUUUCCCCAACUAUGGGCCGGUGGAGGGACUGAGCACUGACGCAGGGGGCAGAGAGAGACUGCUAGAUGAUGGGGACAUUGUAGAGGGGAUGGGCGGGCAAGAGUUGAAUCAUGAUAACUUUGAGGAGGUGGCCGGGCUAGGAGUGAAUCAAGGUGACCUUAAGGAGGUGGGUGGGGUAGAGGUGAACCAAGAUGACCUUGAAGAGGUGGGCGGGAUGAUUGUGACCGGCGAUGUGGCGGUGAACGGCAUAUCUGAGGUGCUUGCUAAAUGUCGUCCUGACCUGACGGAUGAGGGUGGUGGUAGGUUUGUGGGGAAGAAGGCUGACCGCUCUGACCCGGUGGGUUCUGGGAGGAGGCGGGGACACAAAGAUUCCAACUCCUGUCCUCAACACAGGGUCGGUGCAGGUGGAAAGAGGGUGCUGAACUCAUCUGCGAAAGGUUCGGGGGACGAAAGCAGUGAAGACAUUGAUAGUGGUAGUUGUGGAAGUUCUACUGUGACGUCAUCAAGAUCUGCGGAGACGCGGGUAACGACUAGGACCCAGUUGAGGGUCAGCAGAAGUGUCGCGUUGACGAGAGGGAAACGGACUGGGGAGGUGGAAGACAAUGUGGGGGUCCAGACUGGUCCGGGGAUUGUGUCCAAAGGUUGUAAGAAACCUGAUGUGAGGAGGGGGAGGAGAGGGGAGGCUGCUAGGAGGGGGAAGAUUGGGGAGGUUGUGAAGGAAGGGGAGAAGGUUACGAGGAGGGGGACGAGAGGGGAGGUUGUGAAGAAAGAGAAUGAAAGGUUGCCGAUCAAGAGGGAGAGGGGAGGGAGGGGUAAGGGUGCGGUCAAGCUUGACAGGAUCGGAAAUAACAGGGCUCUCUCAGAGACUGUUGAGGAGUUGUCUGUGGUGAAAAUUGAGGGAGAAGAAAGUGAUGAUGGUGCAGAUGAGAAUUGGGAGCUAGAGGGGAAUGGAAGGGAGGAGACGGGGGAUAUUCCAGAUGCAAAGCCCCGCGGUGUGAAGCGAGCCAGGAAACUUGUUGAGGCUAAGUGUGUGCGCUGUGAACACUGCGGUGAGGAGUUUCCCAGUCAGAAAGCUUACUUUGACCACCGUAAGGCAGAGGAGUCUUGGCAGACGUGUACCGUGUGUGGGAAAGUAGAGCCCUUCAUGGCGCAUUUGAUUGUACACAUGCAGAAACACAACCCCGUGAAAGUGGAUCAUCUGUCCGACGAUGGGGAGGAGGAGAAGGAGAAAACGAGUAAUGUUGGGGGAGGGGGGAUGCUUGCACAUACUGGACCAUCAGGGGAUUCCUGUGUUCCCACGGAACGGGUGGAUGAAGCGAGUGAAGGUGUAGGGGGUGUCAUGGAAACCCAGAACUCUGUAGCAACGAGAAAGAUGGUUGGUUUACCGCAGUCAGAAAGUGCUGACCAUAAAACUACUAUUUCUGUGAAAGGAGAGAGGGACGGAAAGAAUGAUGGUGGACACAAGAAAGCGGAGAAGAGAAAGGGGAAGGAAAGUAAGAAAAAGAAAAAAGAGCGAAUGAAGUGUGAGAUGUGUGGUGAGGUGGUGUCCUCCAUGGACAGUCUCAAGAUCCACACCAUGCUGCACACUGGCGAGCUGGCCUACCGCUGCUGUGUGUGUCCGGAGAAAUUCCCAUGUCUCUCGGCGCGGCAGCACCACAUGAACUCGCACCUGACGGCUUUACGCUUUCGCUGCACGUCUUGCGACCUCCGCUUCUUGACGCGGGCGGACCUAGCCAAGCACCAGCUGAGCCACCAGAUCCAGUGUGGGGUCUGCGGCGAGGUUUUCCCUAACCGGACCAGUCGCAACUGCCACUACCGCACCGCGCACCCGGACCGCAUCCUGCGCUGCGAUCAGUGCACCGCUCAGUUUGGCUCGGCGGAGGAGCUGAAGCGCCACCUGGCGUACCACCGCAAGGACAAGCGGGAGCAGUGCCCCACAUGCGGGCUGGUGGUCUGUAAGCUGAAGGAGCACAUGCUGGUGCACGCCGCUGCCAAGGGGGAACAGCAGGAGCGUCUGUUUGCCUGCGACCAGUGUCCCCAGCGCUACCUGCGGCGCACCAAUCUGGACAGACACAUGCUCACGCACUCUGGGGAGAGGCCCUACGCCUGCGACCGCUGCCCCAAGCGUUUCCGCAGCAACGGGAUGCUGCGCCGCCACCUGCUGACCCACACGCGGGAGAAGCCCUUCCAGUGCGAGGUGUGCGGCAAGCGCUGUGCAAUUCGCUCCAACCUCUCCAUCCACAUGCGCGUGCACGCCAGCCACAGGAGGUACGCGUGUCCUCACUGCUCCCACACUUUCAACCACAAGAACUCUCUACAGGGCCACAUCAAGGCCAAGCACUCUCAGCCCGAGGAGGAGGAGGAUGGAGAGGAGGGACGUGUGGUGGCUAUGUCCGAUUCUUUCUCCUCAUCCCAUGCAAAUUCGCACGUCCUCAUGGCGGAUUCCCUCACCUCCUCUGGCUUGGUUCUCACCCAGGAUCACCCGCCAGCCUCCCAUCACCAGGCUGGCGGCCCUCCACUCCCCCCACCGCAACCUCCAGCCUCCCACCAUUCAGGCCACAACCCGCCCCUCCCUCCACAACAACAGCAACAUCCGGUCUACUCCACUCUACAGCCCACCCCUCCCCUACACCUGUCCUCCUCCAUGACCUUUGCCCCCGAGCUGCGCAAAGCCUUGGACACCCCCCUGACCUCAACGUAUGCCCUCAGUCUGUCCUCGCGGCUGGCCCAGGAUGUCAUGACGCCGGACCAGCGCCAGUCUGACAUCGGUCUUGCGAUGCCCUCCUCUUUCCAGAGUCUGACGUCGCUGCAGUUGUCGGACAAAGUGGAAAUGCCGGGUGUGUCUGGGGGCUAUGUGGCUGGGCUGAUGGACAAGCCGGGCGGUGGGGCUGGGCGGGGUGGUGACCCCAGUGACAUGUCGGGCGGUGUCCAGAUAAGUCUAGCACCAGGCCAAGCCAGCCUAGCGCAGGGCCUAACACCAGAUCAGGUCAGUCUAUCAUCCAGUCUAGCGCCAGGCCAGGUUGGCCUGCAGUCCAGUCUCAUGCCAGGCCAGGUCAGUCUAGCGUCAGGUCUAACGCCAGGCAUGCUCAUCGACACCGACAAAAUCUUCCUCACCAAAUUUGACAUGAACCAACACAGCAUGGACCCUGGCUACUGAGGCCGAGCCUAACCCUCACCUUUAGCCUAACCAUAAACCUCACUAAGUAUAACACUGUACGUGAACCUACCUCCUUUUCCAUGGUGCAGGUGAGUCCGCUCAAACUGAACGUGAUCAAUCUGAAACAGCGAUUAACCGAAAGAAAAUAAAAUACCUGAUUUUAGUUAGAUAUAAAAAAAAGGGCAGCGUCUGUAAACUGAAGAAUAAUCGGUCGAUCCCGCACAGAUUUUGAUUUAAGCGGAUUCCUCUGUGUUCACAAUUGUCAUACUGUUGA